UCUCCGGCCUGUCCCACCCUGCCCCGCCUUUGCCGCUGCGCUGCGCUGCGCUGCGCGGUCGGUGGGCGGUUUCCCACGGUCAGCCAUGGAGCGGGCCGCCCGCUAAGAGAGCGGGGGCAGGUACCGCGCCCCGCCCCGCUCCCCCUCGCCUGCCCGGUGUCAGUUCCCGGCCCCUCCGCCGGAGUGGACGCCGCCCGCGGGCCGCGCCGUCUCCGUGGCAACGCCCGGAAGGGGCGUUUCGAGGCGGCCUCGAGGCCGGAAAUGACGGUGCGGCUGGCGCGGAGGUGGCGGAGCCGGGCCGGAGCCAUGUCAGCGGGUGGCGGAGGGCAGCGCGACGCUGGGGCCGCUGGCGGGCGCCGCAGUAAGUGGGACCAGCCCGGCCCGGCCCCCGCUUUCCUUCUCCCCGGCACGGCGCCGCUGCCUGGGCGCCCCUUUCCUGGCGGCGGCGAUGGUGGCUCCGCUGUGGCGGGCUCCGAGAGCUCCGCAGCCCCCUCGGGAGCGCUGGAUGCGGCCGCGGCCGUGGCCGCGAAAAUCAACGCGAUGUUAAUGGCCAAAGGGAAACUGAAGCCGGCGCCCAGCACGGCGGACAAGGAAAUGUUCAAUGAUGACAUUUCCAGAGUAAUUAACUCUGAUGGCACCUCAGAUUGUGAGUGAAUGGAAACCCAGGAGCCUGCAGGUUAAUCUGCAGGCUCUGGGAAAAGGUCCGGCUACAAGUAAAAGCAAAGAUGACCUUGUGGUGGCAGAGGUGGAAAUCAACGAUGUCCCC